AUGUUGCGUCCUCGAAGAUGCACUCCAGCAGUCUUGAAGCAUACUCGGCUGUUGCAUGUAACCUCCAGAAGACCUAGAGAAAUUUUCAACCCUACCGCCGUUGAACGCGCUUCAGAUGAAGUCGAUGUAUGUAUUGUUGGUGGUGGUCCAGCCGGUCUCAGCGCAGCUAUUCGUUUGAAGCAAUUGGAACAAGAGAAAGGUCGGGAAAUCCGUGUUGUUGUCCUAGAGAAAGGAAGCGAAGUAGGGUCCCAUACGUUGUCAGGUGCGGUCAUCGAGCCACGCGCACUAAAUGAACUCCUACCUACAUGGCAAGAACGCUCCGACCACCCUCUCACCCAGCCCACUCGACACACUUCCAUGCGAUGGUUAACAGGUUCGCGAUCUAUCCGCAUCCCACAACCACCCCAGAUGGCCAAGCUGGGAACAUAUAUUCUCUCCCUCUCGCGCUUCACUGCAUGGCUUGGCACCAUUGCUGAGGAAUUGGGUGUAGAGGUUUACCCUGGCUUCGCCGGUGCCGGGCUGGUCUACUCUCCCGAUGGCCGUCACGUACUUGGAGUGCGUACCAACGAGGUUGGGCUUGACCGCGAAGAAAGAAUGAAGGACACAUUUGAACCAGGUAUGGAGUUUCGUGCUCGUGUGACCUUGCUCGCAGAGGGCGCGCAUGGCUCGUUAUCCAAGGAGGCAAUUAGGCACUUUCGCCUCCGCGACGGACGAGAUCCCCAGACGUAUGGAAUAGGCCUAAAGGAAGUUUGGCGUGUCGACCCAUCGAAAUACCAACCCGGUAGUGUUGUCCAUACUAUGGGCUGGCCACUAGACUGGCAAACGUACGGAGGUGGAUGGGUCUACCAUAUGGACGCUGGUAUGGUCAGCCUGGGACUUGUCAUUGGGUUAGACUAUGCAAACCCGUAUCUCAGCCCAUAUCGCGAAUUCCAGCGAAUGAAACACCACCCUUACUUCGUAGACCUGCUUUCAGGCGAUUCGACACGCAUAGCGUAUGGAGCCCGUGUCAUCAACGAAGGCGGCCUACAGUCUAUACCCCGCCUGCACUUCCCGGGAGGUGCAUUGAUUGGAUGUUCCGCUGGCUUCGUGAACGUCGCGAAAAUCAAGGGGACGCAUAAUGCCAUGAAGAGUGGUAUGCUUGCCGCAGAGGCGGCUUUUGAUACUAUCACUUCUCAAGACGAAGCCACAGAGUCCAAAAAUGCCCCCGCAGAUAUGAGUGGGUACGAGGAAGCACUAAGCAGAAGUUGGGUUUAUUCCGACUUGCAUGAGGUGCGCAACCUGCGCCCAUCAUUCAACACUGCCCUUGGCAUAUGGGGCGGUAUUGCAUAUUCCGGCAUUGAUAGCCUUGUGCUAAAAGGGCGCACGCCGUGGACGUUCCGCAAUAAGUCGAAGUUGAGCGAUGCUGCACAUACACGUCGUGCCAGUGAAUGCAAACCUAUUGCAUAUCCGCCUUUCCAGCCUCCGCUAUCUACGGAUCUAUUGACAAGCUUAGCACUCACUGGGACAAACCAUGCAGAGGAUCAACCGGUACAUUUACGCGUGAGACGGUAUGAUAGCGCUGCCGGCGACGCUGGUGCGGAAGCGGAGUCAAGGGCAUCAGUGCAGAGUGCAGAUCUACAGACGGAGAAGUGGGAAGAGACUAAGGGUAUCCGGAGCGAGCACGUGCGACUGAACGUGGGCGAGUACGCUGGGUUGCUGGGACGUGCGUGCCCGGCGCAAGUAUACGAGUACGUGGAAGAUGGGAAUGGUGAAAGUGAAGGAGGCUGGGAUGGAAAGAAGUUGGUUAUCAAUUCACAGGCAGGUCUCAGUGAAGCCUCAGUUUGCAGGAAGUUGAUUGAUCUAUCACAGAAUUGCAUCCAUUGCAAAUUGUGCGACAUCAAGGUUCCUACACAAGAUAUUACUUGGACCGUGCCUGAAGGUGGCGGAGGUCCGAAGUACACCAUAACAUAA